AUGGAAAUAUCUUUGGGUUUGGGUUUGGGUUUGGGUUUGGGUUUGGGUUUGGGUUUGGGUUUGGGUUUGGGUUUGGGUUUGGGUUUGGGUUUGGGUUUGGGUUUGGGUUUGGGUUUGGGUUUGGGUUUGGGUUUGGGUUUGGGUUUGGGUUUGGGUUUGGGUUUGGGUUUGGGUUUGGGUUUGGGUUUGGGUUUGGGUUUGGGUUUGGGUUUGGGUUUGGGUUUGGGUUUGGGUUUGGGUUUGGGUUUGGGUUUGGGUUUGGGUUUGGGUUUGGGUUUGGGUUUGGGUUUGGGUUUGGGUUUGGGUUUGGGUUUGGGUUUGGGUUUGGGUUUGGGUUUGGGUUUGGGUUUGGGUUUGGGUUUGGGUUUGGGUUUGGGUUUGGGUUUGGGUUUGGGUUUGGGUUUGGGUUUGGGUUUGGGUUUGGGUUUGGGUUUGGGUUUGGGUUUGGGUUUGGGUUUGGGUUUGGGUUUGGGUUUGGGUUUGGGUUUGGGUUUGGGUUUGGGUUUGGGUUUGGGUUUGGGUUUGGGUUUGGGUUUGGGUUUGGGUUUGGGUUUGGGUUUGGGUUUGGGUUUGGGUUUGGGUUUGGGUUUGGGUUUGGGUUUGGGUUUGGGUUUGGGUUUGGGUUUGGGUUUGGGUUUGGGUUUGGGUUUGGGUUUGGGUUUGGGUUUGGGUUUGGGUUUGGGUUUGGGUUUGGGUUUGGGUUUGGGUUUGGGUUUGGGUUUGGGUUUGGGUUUGGGUUUGGGUUUGGGUUUGGGUUUGGGUUUGGGUUUGGGUUUGGGUUUGGGUUUGGGUUUGGGUUUGGGUUUGGGUUUGGGUUUGGGUUUGGGUUUGGGUUUGGGUUUGGGUUUGGGUUUGGGUUUGGGUUUGGGUUUGGGUUUGGGUUUGGGUUUGGGUUUGGGUUUGGGUUUGGGUUUGGGUUUGGGUUUGGGUUUGGGUUUGGGUUUGGGUUUGGGUUUGGGUUUGGGUUUGGGUUUGGGUUUGGGUUUGGGUUUGGGUUUGGGUUUGGGUUUGGGUUUGGGUUUGGGUUUGGGUUUGGGUUUGGGUUUGGGUUUGGGUUUGGGUUUGGGUUUGGGUUUGGGUUUGGGUUUGGGUUUGGGUUUGGGUUUGGGUUUGGGUUUGGGUUUGGGUUUGGGUUUGGGUUUGGGUUUGGGUUUGGGUUUGGGUUUGGGUUUGGGUUUGGGUUUGGGUUUGGGUUUGGGUUUGGGUUUGGGUUUGGGUUUGGGUUUGGGUUUGGGUUUGGGUUUGGGUUUGGGUUUGGGUUUGGGUUUGGGUUUUGGGUUUGGGUUUGGGUUUGGGUUUGGGUUUGGGUUUGGGUUUGGGUUUGGGUUUGGGUUUUGGGUUUGGGUUUGGGUUUGGGUUUGGGUUUGGGUUUGGGUUUGGGUUUGGGUUUGGGUUUGGGUUUGGGUUUGGGUUUGGGUUUGGGUUUGGGUUUGGGUUUGGGUUUGGGUUUGGGUUUGGGUUUGGGUUUGGGUUUGGGUUUGGGUUUGGGUUUGGGUUUUGGGUUUGGGUUUGGGUUUGGGUUUGGGUUUGGGUUUGGGUUUGGGUUUGGGUUUUGGGUUUGGGUUUGGGUUUGGGUUUGGGUUUGGGUUUGGGUUUGGGUUUGGGUUUGGGUUUGGGUUUGGGUUUGGGUUUGGGUUUGGGUUUGGGUUUGGGUUUUGGGUUUGGGUUUGGGUUUGGGUUUGGGUUUGGGUUUGGGUUUGGGUUUGGGUUUGGGUUUGGGUUUGGGUUUUGGGUUUGGGUUUGGGUUUGGGUUUGGGUUUGGGUUUGGGUUUGGGUUUGGGUUUGGGUUUGGGUUUUGGGUUUGGGUUUGGGUUUGGGUUUAGGUUUGGGUUUGGAGUUUAG